AUGGGUGUUCCCAAAUUCUUCAGGUGGAUGAGCGAGAGAUAUCCGGCCAUCUCACAACUCAUCGCAGAGAACCGGAUACCAGAGUUUGACUGCCUGUACCUAGAUAUGAAUGGCAUCAUCCACAACUGUACGCACAAGGACUCGGACGAUGCGACGUUCCGAAUGUCGGAGGAGCAAAUGUUCAUCGCCAUAUUCAACUAUAUCGAGCACUUGUUCGGGAAGAUCAAGCCGAAGCAGCUUUUCUUCAUGGCCAUCGACGGAGUGGCGCCGAGAGCAAAGAUGAAUCAACAGCGAGCUCGGAGAUUCCGGACUGCGCUAGAUGUUGAGGUCGCUAGGGAAAAGGCGAUUAAGGAGGGGAAGGAAAUGCCAAAGGAGGAAGCAUUCGAUAGCAAUGCCAUUACGCCAGGCACCGAAUUCAUGCAUAAAUUGACCCAGCAAUUGAAAUAUUUCGUCAACAAGAAGAUAUCAGAAGAUGUCGAAUGGCAAGGUGUCGAAAUUGUCUUGUCUGGCCAUGAAGUCCCAGGAGAGGGAGAGCAUAAGAUCAUGGAAUACAUUCGUUUAGCGAAGGCGCAACCGGAUUACGACCCGAACGUUCGACAUUGUCUUUACGGUCUUGACGCCGAUCUGAUCAUGUUGGGGCUUUUGAGCCACGACCCACAUUUCUGUCUGCUAAGAGAAGAGGUUACUUUCGGCAGGCAAAGCAAGACAAAAUCGAAGGAGUUGGAGCAUCAAAAUUUCUAUCUUAUGCAGCUAUGCAUUGUACGAGAAUAUCUAGCGUUGGAGUUCCAGGAGCUCCGGGAGGACGGCGUACUUGGAUUUCCAUUCGAUCUCGAACGAGUUAUCGACGACUUUAUACUCAUGGCGUUUUUUGUUGGGAAUGAUUUCUUACCACAUCUUCCCAAUUUGCACAUCAACGAAGGCGCAUUGGCUCUGAUGUUCAAGAUUUACAAAUCGGUGCUUCCGAGAUGCACAGGGUACAUUAAUGAGGGCGGUGUUAUCAAUAUGGAGCGGCUGGCCGUCUUACUAGAAGAGCUUUCCCACGUGGAAUAUCGUUUCUUCGAGACAGAAAUGUCGGAUCAGAAGUGGUUUAAAUCGAAGCAGAUGGCGAAGGAAGAUGUCAUGGUAAGGGGGAAGUCAAAGGGCAUGCUGACCAUGACUACACCCCAACGAGAAGUUUGGAAAGAGGUGAAGAAGUACGUCACCAGUCGUCCAGCUGAACCUUUGGAUCUCCCCUCCACAUUGCCCGCUGCAGAGCGGAAGUUUGCCCAAGAACUCGCGGAAAGCCUCCAUUUGGAAUGGAAGACGGUGGAGGACGACCAAGGGGAUCGACACAUGCAGUUAUCCUUUCCUCCGAAGUUAGACGCGGACGAGGAAGAAGAGGAAGAAGACGAGGAGUCGCAACUCGCGAUCCUUCGCGUUGUCAAGCAAUAUGAUAAGGCCAAGACGAUCGAUAUUUCAAUGGCAGAGGCACAGGCUGAAAUGGACCGGGAAUACGAGGAGAAAUUCCAAGAGUGGAAGGACAAAUACUAUGAGGGGAAAUUUGACUGGGACCGUAAGAACGAAACUGAAUUGACGAAAUUGUGUGAGAACUACGUCCAAGGCCUGCAGUGGGUACUCUACUACUACUACCAAGGAGUAGCAUCAUGGCCAUGGUUUUACCAGUACCACUAUUCUCCUAUGAUUUCAGAUGUCAUCAAGGGACUGAAAGCAGAUGUCAACUUCAAGCUUGGCCAGCCAUUCCACCCUUAUGAACAGCUCAUGGGUGUGCUGCCUGACCGAAGCAAGAAGAUUGUUCCAACUGUCUAUCAUGAUCUCAUGACUAAUCCUGCAUCUCCAAUUAUUGAUUUCUAUCCGAGAGAUUUCGAGCUUGAUAUGAAUGGCAAGAAGAUGGAAUGGGAAGCUGUGGUCAAGAUUCCGUUCAUUGACGAAAAAAGAUUGCUGGCCGCAAUGGCCCCGAAAAACAAGCUCUUGAGUGAGGCCGAGAAGUUCAGGAACGAGUUUGGAGUCACCUUGAAGUUCUCUUAUGACCCGGAUAUCGACUUCACUUAUCCGUCAUCGCUCGUCGGCAUUUUCCCGGAUAUUCCCCAUUGUCAUUGCGUCGAAAACAUAUUUGAUUUGCCUAUCAUCGAAGGGCUGGAGUACCACAUUGGCCUUAUGGAAGGAGUUAAGCUUGGGAGUGCUGCGCUGGCUGGCUUCCCUAGCUUGGAUACCCUGCCAUAUAAUGCGGCUCUAGGAUUUCACGGCGUCAACGUGUUUCAGCAGGACAGCCGAAACGAAAGCAUGGUUGUCACUCUCGAGAAGACGGAGGAGCGGACAAAUGUCAAAAGUGCCACGGCAAGGUUGGGCCAUCGGGCCUUUGUGGGGUAUCCAUUUUUGCAGGAAGGGAAAGUGGUUAGGGUCUCGGACGAAUUGUUCGACUACCUUCCCCCCUCUGAUGGAUCACCUCAUCCUAUCCAAACCCCUCAUGGCCCCCGAGAAAUCGAUGAGUUCAGGAAAAAGGCUGAGCGGAUCGAAAAUAAUUAUAGCAAGCGCCUAGGUAUUAUUAUCGGUCCUGUAGAGUCCAUCACACAUGUCGAGAUGUUGAAGGGCCUGAAGAAGACUGACGAAGGUGCCACCGUCAAAGAGUAUGGCGUGAUUCCAGGCGCAGAGACUGAUUACGCGUCUCAGGUCGUCGUGGACGAAGUUGUGAGUGAAGACCAGCGCUUUUUGGAAAAGGAAGCUGUCCCAAUCGAGGAAGAGUUUCCGCCAGGAUCACGAGCAUUCUUCCUAGGAGAGUUCAAUUAUGGUAGACCUUUAGAAGUGGUGGGUCACAAGGAUAACCGGGCAGAGAUUUGGCUAUCAACAGUCAAAGGAAAGGAGGUCGAAUUUGGAAGGGACAUUGUUAAAGGGAAGGGCUUCCAGACUCAGUACACCCCCUCGUAUGCAGUGGCCAAAAUGCUUGGUCUUCACCCUCUUGUUUUGAGCAAGAUCACGUCGUCAUUCUCGAUCUCAGCACUUGGCCUACCCCGCCUUAAUCUCGGCCUCAAUCUGAAAUUCGAGGCCAAGAAACUCAAAGUCCUUGGCUAUUCGCGCCGCAGUGCAAAUGGCUGGGAGUUCAGUAACAAAGCUAUUGAGUUAUUGAGCACAUACAUGACGAAAUUCCCAGAGUUUAUCGCCGGCAUACAGCGAAAACCUCAGGGCAACGAAUAUGAUGCGACGGACUUUUACCCUGCCGAGACCGCCAAUGUCAAAAUCAAAGAAAUCGCCGCAUGGUUAAAAACCAUCGAAUCAAAGAAUUUUGAGAAGGUCCCGUUGGAUGCAGAACAACUGGAUUCCGAUGCGGUCAUGGCAAUCGAAACCGCUGCUGAUGCAGCUUUGGCAAACGGAUCUGGGGUCGAGUUCAAGAAGCUUAAGGGAGUUCCUCGGAACGCCCUCAUGAAGCCUUCAGAUGCCGAGCACCAUCUUGGAAACCAGGUAUUCGCACUUGGCGACCGAGUUGUCUAUGCACAAGAUUCUGGUCGCGUUCCUAUCGCAACUCGCGGUACGGUUGUUGGAAUAUCCCGUACAUCCCGCACCACCCUCUUGGAUGUCGUCUUUGACGUUACGUUCAUGAGUGGUACGACUUUAGGAGAUCGCUGUACCCCGUUCCGUGGCUCUACGGUGCCGGCUGCUUCAGUGCUAAAUUUGACCAACAAACAGGUUAUUGCGGGCUCAAAAGCUGCCGCUGCUAAGCGGCCUGCACCCACGAGCACGCCGUUGACGACACGAGGUGGUUAUGGCGCCCCCGCGGGACCUGGCGGACGAGGACAAUUUCGGGAAGCUGGUGCUCCUCCUCCCCUAAGAGGUUCAUUCCGCGGUGCGAUCGCUGGGCAGAACGGCUCUAGGGGCAAUGGCCAAUUCCGAGGCCGGGGAAGGGGAGGCAUGGUAAUUGACAACGCAGCUCCAGGUGUGCAUAGCAGCGUAGCUAUUCGCGGUGGCUCGCGAGGAGGUAGAGGUGACGGGCCUAAUGGGUAUGCAGGAGGCAGAGGUGGUGGGAAUACCAGCUUCAAUGCUGUUCCACCCCCUGCCAGUCUAGAUGCCCGAGGCGGCCGCGGUAGAGGUCGCGGUGGCAGAGGACGGGGCCUGCAAAGAGGCCGAGGAGGACAGGUACAAGUUCAGCAGACCUGA